UCGGGCACCUGUCUGCGCGCCAGUGAGCGGGGACCUCCGGGCAGUCGGCGCAGGCCGCAGAGGAAGAGGUGCGUGGCAGUGGCGGCUGGACCUCUUCGACCCCCUGGCGAUCGCCGGGCCCGGGAGAAACUAACCCUGACCUUCCACCUGGCGAGUCUCUCCCGAACCCUCCCUGAGGUUCGCGGGGAGCCAGUAACUCCAACAGAGCAAAAUGUAUUUUCGAGUGACCAGCUGUUAGCAAGAAGUGCCACAGUGCGCCAGACUUCCAGUCACUGACUUCCGUCAUACAUAUUUAGGCAGAAAUAUGACUCAAAAAAUUGGGUUCCCGUUUUGUUGCUUAAUCCGGAGGCUACACAUUCCGCGGCUGCUUCUCUUGUGUGUGACCUACCACGCUGUCAUCUGCUCUUUAUUACAACCUGGCCUUGAAGGAAGUGCCAACCUUUUGCAUCUUUUCAGUAACAAGUCAAACCAGGAGCCGGGCUAUUGUGAAGCAGAAACUAAAUUAGCCUCGUCUCUCGACUUUUGGACCCUCUCCUCUGAGAACCUUAUAGCUAUGUUGCCAGUUGAUCCUGUUAAAGAAAAUUAUGUUCGUAAAGUGAAAAACUGUAUUUUUUCCAUUGCCUUCCCUACUCCUUUUAAAUCAAGAGCACAUCUUGUAGCAGUUUCAAAGGAAGUUUUAGAAGAUAUUUUGGACCUUGAUUUAUCUGUCUCAGAAACAGAUGAUUUUAUGCAGCUUGUAAGCGGUAAAAAGAUAGUAUUUGGAUCCAUUCCACUGGCUCACAGAUAUGGUGGCCACCAGUUUGGAAUAUGGGCAGAUCAGCUUGGGGAUGGAAGAGCCCAUCUUAUUGGAAUAUACAUGAAUAGGCAGGGUGAAAAGUGGGAGCUUCAGUUAAAAGGCUCAGGGAAGACCCCAUACUCCCGAAAUGGUGACGGCAGAGCGGUGCUUCGUUCCUCAGUGAGAGAAUUUUUGUGUAGUGAGGCUAUGCACUAUCUUGGAAUUCCAACCAGCAGAGCUGCCAGUCUGGUUGUAAGUGAUGACGAUGUAUGGAGAGAUCAGUUCUACAAUGGAAACAUUGUGAAAGAACGAGGUGCGGUAGUGCUUCGUGUUGCAAAAUCAUGGUUUAGAAUUGGAUCUUUAGAAAUUUUGGCUCAUUAUGGUGAACUGGAUUUAUUAAGGACAUUAUUAGAUUUCAUCAUACGGGAGCAUUUCCCCUCAGUAGAUGUCAAAGAACCUGAUAGAUAUGUGGAAUUUUUUUCCAUUGUGGUGUCCAAGACGGCACAACUUAUUGCCUUGUGGAUGUCUGUUGGUUUUGCUCAUGGUGUUUGUAAUACUGAUAACUUCAGUUUGUUAUCCAUUACAAUUGACUAUGGUCCAUUUGGUUUCAUGGAGGCCUAUAACCCAGAUUUUGUACCAAACACAUCUGAUGAUGAAAGAAGAUAUAAAAUAGGAAAUCAGGCCAAUAUUGGGAUGUUUAAUUUAAAUAAGUUGUUACAAGCUAUGAACCCACUACUGGAUCCGGAGCAAAGGCAGCUCGCUACUCAGAUUCUUGAGGGGUAUCCUGUUCUUUAUUACACAAGAUUUAGAGAAUUGUUCAAAGCCAAAUUGGGAUUACUGGGAGAAACAAAGGGUGAUGAUGAUUUAAUUGCAUUUCUCUUACAUCUCAUGGAAAAGACAGAAGCUGAUUUUACAAUGACAUUUCGGCAGCUCAGUGAGAUCACUCAAAGCCAGUUACAGGAGCUCAACAUUCCUCAGCAAUUCUGGGCACUGAAGAUGAUUUCAAAGCAUAAACUCUUCCCUACCUGGGUGUCUCAGUACCUUUUAAGACUGAAGAGUAACAUGAAUGAUUCAGAUUCUGAAAGAAGAAAAAGAAUGACAAAUGUUAAUCCUAGAUAUGUGCUGAAGAACUGGAUGGCAGAGUCUGCAGUGCAAAAAGCAGAAAGGAAUGAUUUUUCAGAGGUCCACCUUCUCCAGCGAGUUCUCCGGCAUCCUUUCCAGAAGCAUCCUGCAGCUGAGAGAGCAGGCUACUCCUCCCCUACUCCCUCUUGGGCUAGAGAUCUCAGAGUUAGCUGCUCAUCUUAAUUUGGAAAACAUAAAUUAAAGAAUACUUCUACCAUUGAACUGAAAAUAGAAUAAUCAAUUUGAUAAAUUCUUAAUGACCACUUACAUUUUGUGACAAUCCUGAAUUUCAUAAUAAUAAGUAUAUAUAAAAAUAUUUCUUAGCCAAAU